AUGACCCUGCUCCAUCUGCUUCUGCUGCUGGCCCUGUGCUGGGCUGCCCAUGGUGCACAGAGCAACUGUGUGGGCUGUGGACUCCGGCCCAUGGCUGCCACGUGGGGCAAGUCACGCGUGGUGGGUGGCACCGAUGCCCAGCCAGGGGCCUGGCCGUGGAUCGUCAGCCUCCAGGAUGCCCAUGGAGCAGGCUCUGGGCACAUCUGCGGAGGGUCCCUCAUCACUCCCCAGUGGGUGCUGACAGCAGCUCACUGCUUCGUCAAAGGCAGGCACGUCAGCCAGUGGCGGGUGGUGGCGGGGGUCACGCAGCUGUCCCAGCACGGCCCCGAGACGCAGACGCGGCAGGUGCGGCGGCUGCUGCUGCACCGCAGCUACGACAGCGUCACCGAGAGCCACGACAUCGCCCUGCUGCAGCUGGACCGGCCCCUGCGCUGCGGGCAGCGCGUCCAGCUGGCCUGCGUGCCCCCGGCCUCCGAGCCCCUGCCCCCGCUCGGAGACUGCUACGUCAGCGGCUGGGGCUCCACCGCGGCCAGAGGUGAGCGACCACCUGAUGUGCUGCAGGAGGCCAAGGUGCAGCUCAUUGACACCAAGCUGUGCAACAGCAGCCGGUGGUACGCGGGGGCCAUCCAUGAGCACAACCUGUGUGCAGGCUACCCACAGGGUGGCAUCGACACCUGCCAGGGUGACAGUGGAGGUCCUCUUGCCUGCCAGGACAGGAAUGGGCCUUACUUCUGGCUGGUGGGAUUGACCAGCUGGGGGAAAGGCUGUGCCAGAGCCAGGCGGCCCGGCGUCUACACCUCCACACAGCACUUCUACAACUGGAUCCUGGAGCGGAUGGGCCUGUCCCCAGGGGCAGCAGCUGCCACCCCUCCCCAGGCAGCCUCCUCCACCCCUCCCCAGGCAGCCUCCUCCACCCCCCCGCAGGCAGCCUCCUCCACCCCCCCGCAGGCAGCCACGCAGCCAGGCUCGGCCGAGUCCUGCCCCUUCCCACGCAAGAAGCUGGUGGAGUUCUUCAAGCUGCUGCAGGAGCUGCUGCAGAACCUAAGGGGCAGCAAGGCCUGA